ACGAACGGAGCUAUCAGAACAGGAAGACUUACUUGCUUGACUCAGUAUCCUCGAGACUCCCGUCUUGCUUCUCUUUGGAGUCGGAGUCUUUCCUUUGUUUGCUUCCGUUAACUGGUCUGAUAACGUACUUACUCUACUUCUGUUUACGGUUGGGAUUACUACUGGACAACCUUUCAUAACUUUUCUUUCUCUUCCGAUUGCCUCAUCACCAUUACCCCGCCAAUCUAUAUUGAUGAUUUGAUGAAAUUGACGAAUCUUUCCCUGUAUCAUUACCUAUAUUGAUCCUUGACGUCUCUCUGAAGUCUUCUAUGACCUGUCAAUUCAUGUUUUGAUCGUUGAUAGGCAGAUUCUGGCCUAUGUCCAAGCACUGAUCAACCACUAUCUUCACGGCCGACCAAGCUUUGAAAGCAAACGACCAAUCAACCACUAGGCGAACAGACACGUAUUCGGUAUAUAUUGGCCUUCAAUCUUUUAAGAUGGCGUCAGAUAUCCCUAAAGUUGUGCCCUUGACCUGCCAUGGACACUCUCGUCCAGUGCCUCAUCUGAACUUCUCCUCCCUUGUAGAGGACGAUCAGUACUAUCUAAUUUCUGCUUGCAAAGACAACAACCCCAUGCUUCGGGAUGGCAUUACUGGUGACUGGAUUGGCACUUUCCUUGGCCACAAGGGAGCUGUAUGGCAAGCUCGUCUUUCGACGGACGCCAACAUUGCAGCAACUGCGGCUGCAGAUUUCUCCGCGAAGGUGUGGGAUACUCAUACUGGUGAAUGCUUGCACACACUCCAGCAUUCACACAUCUGUCGAGCGGUGGCAUUCCCGAUUCAAUCGUCCCCUCAGAUUCUAGCCACUGGAGGCUUCGAGAAAAGGCUACGUAUUUUUGAUCUGACACGCAGCGGUGGUAGUAACAGCUCCUCACCAACGUCCCCGUCCGCCGGGGAGAACGGCAAUGGAGCUAGCGCGAUCACAAGCUAUGAGAUUGGGCCUGGCGUGCACGGAGGCACAAUCAAGUCCAUCGUCUGGAAUCAGGACUACAACAUCCUCACGACAGCCGCAGAGGAUCGGAAGAUCCGCUGGUGGGAUCUUCGUUCUCGCCAUCCUGUUGUCGAGCAUGCUGUCGAAGGCACGAUAGGUAGCUGCGAGCUCAACACCCUCGCCACUCGACCCAAUGACCCCGGUAUCCUAACCGUCGCGGCCGGAAAGAGUGUCUACCUCUUCGAUGGUGUCACCCCCGGGCGGCUUCUGAAGAAGAUGGACUUUCGAUACGAGGUCGCCAGCGCCGCUGUGAACAAUGAUACCGGCCGAUUGGUCACCGGCAGUGCUGACGAUACCUGGGCUCGGGUGUACGAUCUACGCACCGAAGAAGAGCUCGAGGUCCAAAAGGGUCACCAUGGCCCCAUCUGGUCAGUCAGUUUCUCUCCCGACGGCAAGCUCUAUGGCACAGGAAGUGAAGAUGGAACGAUCAAGCUCUGGAAGGCAUGCAGGGAGCCCUACGGGCUGUGGCGGUAGAUACAGAGGUUUCUACGCCUAUGGAAAAGUUUCCCAGCCUACAGUGACCCUUACUCCCACGAGACGAGGUCAGUGUUCAAUACUGACUAUCCGUCGACUCAUCUGGGUCUCGUGACUCCUAUGCUCUCCAUGUGUCCAGUUUCUAUCAGCAUAUAACCGGGACUUUUCGAACACCUACCUUUACAAUGCAGACGCUGAGCUGGGGAUCGAGAUAAUGUAACAGUACUGCAUGUAUACAUGCGAAAUGGAUCGUCUCAUAUUACACGCCCAGUGUCAAGGAAAACUGCACACAAGAAAAUGUUCCAAUCUGGUUUGAGUUGAGAAAUACAUAAGAGCAAGAAAAUGGAA